AUGUCAAGCGAUAACAGCGAGUCGGACAGUAGCGAUGGCCGUCUGAGUUACUAUAUGGACGGCGGGGCGGAGGCCGUCACAGAGCGUAUAAAGCAGUUUUUCGACAACAAUACUAGAUGGAAGUGGUCGAGCAUGCUUGGCAUUGGAGCCACUGGUAUCGUAUACCGAGUGCAAUACCAGCGCGGAAACCUUUCUCGAGACUUGGCGGUUAAGAUAGUCCCCCAAGAUGUUGACUUGGGGGGGUAUAAGUCCUACGAUGAAGACGACCCGAUCGUUCCAGAUGAGGUAGAGGAAAUAGUGAACGAGAAGCGUUGGUUACAGGUUCUUCGUGGUAAUUCGCAUAUUGUUACUCCGCUUGAUGUUCCCCAUGAUCCUUUUGACUCUGCCAACACACCUCCCGGAGUCCUCCCACACCGAAUGGGGAACUGGGUCUUCAUGGAGUAUCUCCCAAAUGGUCCGCUAUGGUUGUUCAUCAGCCGAUAUCACAAGUUGUAUCCCGACGAACCGAUACCGAAUCGUCUCUUGUGGAGAUUUUUCAUGUGUUUGGCGAGGAUGUGUCUAGAGAUGGCAUACUACAACGCAACAUGGCCCGAUGGCCGAAAAGUCAAUCUAGAAACGGACGACUACGAACAACUGCGGAAUAUUCCCCCAGGACCUUUAGUCCACUCGGAUAUAGGCUCCAACAACAUCAUGAUCGGGACCCUAGCUCCCAACCUCCAAAACCCUGAACAUACCUUAAGCCCGGUCCUGAAAUUGAUAGAUUUCGCUCUCGCUCAGAAUUUACCUGACACAGACUUCUUAGGAUCAAACGCAGCUCAGAUAAACGUCAGAGACGCGGGCGAGGUCAUGUUAAACCUCAUACGGCAGCAAGAGCACGGCGGAACAGAAAAGACUCGAGUAACCAUCGCAGGUCAAACUUUCGAAACCUUCGCUGGUGGUCUUGUCGACCGUUGGAAGGAUUACAAGAAAGCCGGUGUAGAUCCCGGCUUAGUGGAGCUUAUCUGCACUUGCCUGGCUGAGGAGCCUCAUAGACGACUUAGUCCCGUCGACCUAGCGAUAGUAAUUCGUCUGAGUUGGGAUAAGGACUAUCCUAAUAACCCAAGAGAGACAGACGCGGUUAUACAGGAGAGGUUACGAGCGGCUAUUUUCGAUGCGGAUACUGAAGAAGAGUAG